AUUGUUGGACAACAGUACACAAGUUUCAGGAACUUCAGUCCACCUUCAUGAAGAGGUGACUGCCCACCCUACAGAAGUGCAGCAGGGGACCCUGCAACUUGGAAUUCCUCUAGGAGUUUCUCUAGCCAAUAUGGUUGGGCCUCAAAACACACGGUCACAGAGUGUGCAGACUGGACCAGAUUAUCAUGGCCCGCCCUUGCAUAGCGUUCCUAUUGAAGCAGGACGUGUCAGUCCUGAUGCUCAGCCUGCCUUCGAGAAUUUCACCAAUCAGGUCUGGACACUAUACCACUUGGCCAAUGAGACGGAGGAGGGCACACUGUCCACUAACACUAUCUCCCAGCCUCCGUUCAAUGGAAGUGCUUUCAUUCGCAACUUUGGGCCUGGACAUGUGUUACUGGCAGAGAGGUCCCCUUCCCCUCAGCAGUCUGACACCCAGUCCUGGUGUGGCCGACCCAGACAACAGCCCCAGCCACCACCUUUCCCGAUGUACCCAAGAAGGGCCUUCACACCCAGGUCACAGAGCACAACCCUUCGCCCUCCACCCCAGCAUCCAACUAUCCUCAACCUGGAGAUCAGCAUCCCCAACUACUUCCUGUUCCUCGAUGGCAACCAGGUGUCCCUGAGCCAGAGCGCUCGUAGUGUUCCGACUGCAAUGUUUUCCAGGUCGAGAUCUGCUGUGGUCAGGGCGGACGACCCCCAGGGGGACCUGUCCUUCUCCGUUCCAAUGGAGAUGGUAAACGGAGGUUCCAGUCGGGACGGUCAGGCCCAGUUCCUGCAGGUCAUCAGUGAUGAAGGAAAUACUGUUUACUCCCCCGCUCUCAUACGCAUUGUCACCUCUGAACCCACAGAGAAAGAGGACCAGGAAGGAUCCGGGAGGUGGCCAACUAGUGCCCCAUUUAAUUGGUAGGGGACUGUUGUCUAGUAUCAA